AUGGCUAUUUCGGAAUUUUUUGACAGAGGAACAGAAGACUAUAGAUUUUACUAUGUAGGCAACGAUAGAACUUGGGAAAAUUUAUCAGGAUAUAUUCUAAAUGCAGUAUCAAACGAUCAAACGAAUGCUACAGAAGUAUUUACAGAUGGCUGAGCAGCUUACAGACAGCUUCCAACAUUAGGAUAUCGUCAUUCAAUUGUUUUUCAUAAUCAAGACUUUGGAAUUGGAAGGCAAACAACUAAUCAUAUUGAAAACGUUUGGAGCAGGCUAAAAAGACUAAAGGCUUAUAGAAAUGGUUUUCGCCCAAAAAAUGAAAAAGAUUUGGAUAAUUACUGUAUGUUUUUUUAUUGGCUUCUCAAACUAAAAAAUAUACCAGAAAGAAUAGACUCAUUGAUACAAAUUUUAAAUAUCUCUAAAUUUUAA